AUAUUUUGCUAAGUUUAUAAUCAUUUAUUUAUCAAUUUAAAGGAGAUUCAUUUGAAACAGAGAAAUAUGACACAAUAUGUUCGAUAUGGAUUGAAUGAAAAAAUCACCAGACCUUAAGUGCCGACACGUUUGCCUUUAAGAAAUGUCGCAGAUGCUUGUGUGAAUUCGCAUUAUUAGGGUUGAUGCAGACAAUAUGAAAAUAAACAUAUAGGAGAAUUGUUUGUGCUAGAAAAAAAAUACAAAAUAUGGGGUACAAUCUUUCCGGUACUAUAUUAUUCGCGUUACCGUCUAUCGGGCAAACAGAUUCGCAUUUUAGGGAAUUUUUUCAUUCAAAAAUUGGUAAUAACACAAAUUCACCGCAAUCCUCGAGCACAAAACAUGGCCGCAUGUUUUGUUUGCGCAGGAAGAUGGUUAUGCCGCAGAGCAAUGUUUAUCGUAAUUACAUGGCAUAACUAAGAGAAAAAGCGUGCUGGCGUGAAAACCCGCGCAUUAUUAAUUCCGCGAAAAUGAACGCGACGAGCCUCUACGUGUCGACGUGUCGUCUCGUCCUGCAAGCCGACGCCGAGGAUCCCAACUCCUGGACGGACUUAUACAGGCUAGUUCCUUACCUUAGGCAAAGUUUGAGUUGCACCGUCUGUUCAAAUUUAUUAAUUGAGCCUCACACACCAACCGAGACAAACUGCCAGCAUCAUGUAUGCCGAGGAUGUCGUGGUGGCCGUAAGAAACUCAAGCCUUCCUGUGGAUGGUGUAAAGAUUAUGAAAAAUAUGUGGAGAACGUGCAACUUCGAAUACUUCUUCAGUGUUAUAAGAAGCUUUGCGAAUAUCUUACAAGUACUGCCAUCUAUCGCAGUCUGGUCGUCUCCGUAGCAUCCAACUCUGCCAGCAAUGGCACAUCCACGAGUGGAGCAAACAGUCUCAUGGAACUGGUUCAGGAAGGUGCUGGAUUUAAGGAUGAAUUCAAGAGCAAUGCUGGUCUCUCCAAAUCUGCUUAUUCUAUUUUACCUUGUGUUUAUACAAGUACUACCUCUACGCAGACCCAAGCCAAUUCUGUACAGACUACCGAACCUACUCCACAAAAUGUACCUGAGUCUCCAGCAAUCAGAACAGUUUCAAAUGGCUCCUCUAUAUACUCAGUGAUGUAUGCUGGUUCUGGUAAUAAAAUUACUAUAAAACGCAAAGCUGCAGCCACAACAGCAGAGGAUACCGAGAUGACACAUCAAGAGGCAGAUGGAACAUCACAGAGCUCUGUAGGAGGGGUAAAAUGCAUUCCACCUUCCCACCUUACAUAUGGGACUCCCUCUCAGAAAAAGUCUUCGAAGGGCAGCAAAUCCUCGGGCAGCUUUAAGAAACCCCGAUCUAGUUCCACCAGGAGUAAAAGAAAAGGAUGCAGAUGUGGGAAUGCAACUGCAAUACCUGGAAAGUUAACUUGCUGCGGGCAACGAUGUCCUUGCUACGUUGAAAGUAAACCUUGUAUUGAAUGCCGAUGUAGAGGAUGUAGGAAUCCCCACACAGCGGAUGGAUUGAAGAUUCGACCUCACAUACCAGAAUUGCACAACUUGCAAUUACAGCUCUCUACGCCAUUAGAUUGCGACUCGUUAACUUCAGAUCCUCUGACCUCGGUCCAACAGUGUCUUUCUACGUCGCCAACGACGAUUCAAGUUCUCAAUGUAUAUUCAACACCCAGGCUGGAUAUUGACAACGUUCCCCAAAACCUACCCGCAGCACUUCUCGUUGGAGAAGAUGCUAUGGUAAGCACAGAGAGCGAAGCCGAGGACAGUGACGUUCAGAUUGACGUGUGACGACGUAUUUGAGGACGCCAGAAGGCGUCGCCCAUUUAUUCAGACCCAUCAAUAACAACUUCAUCUUUUUUACCGCAAUAUAAAUCCAACCAGUUAAACGUGAUAAAGUGAAACGUGUUUUUUUUAAAGAGGAAAUAGUAUAAUAACCAAGUUAUAAGAGAUAAUACCGAUAUAUUAAACAUUUAUUGACCAGUGUAAGAAACAGUAAUAGAAAUGAAGAAGAGAUGAAGAUGGAGUACAUUAAAUAAUAGUGUUUGAUCAUAAUGAUGGUCUGAAUUCAAGUAAUAUAAAUGUAAUCUGAUGACGGAGUGUAGUAAAAGAAAGAGAUGACAAACAAUUUGCUAAAUAUCAGUGAUGUCUGUGAACAAGUUAGUAACCAGUGUCGAAUUUUAAGGCUAGAGUGUAGUGAAGAGAGAAUAUACUGAUGAUCUGUCAGUCAUCUUUAGAAAAUAUACAGAGACUUAUUUCAAGUAACGUGAUUCUUAAGAAUGUAAAUGAGAUAAGGUGACUUAGUUAGUGGGACGAUAAGCAAUUUGCAGGGAAUGUAAGGCAUGUUUUGGACCAUCGAUUUACCUAUUGGUGUUUAAGCUUAAUGACAGGUUAGUCUGAUUACAAAUUAAUUUUAUCCUUCGGAGUCUCCCAAGGUUUAAAGUUUAACUGUAGUCGGAAUAACUAUUCAGCCCCAAGGGUCAUAGAUAGGAAAAUAAAAAUAGAAUGAAUCAAAGUAAAUCAAGGCAAAUUGAAAUCCAUAGUGCUAUACUGCCAAACAUAACGAGACGCGAAUUGAAUCAGUUUAACGUAAUAGGAUAAUAUAUAAUAGCUAAGCAAAUUAAAGGCAAAUAUUGAGAAAUGUAGUCAAAAGUGGGAACGAUUAUGUUAACUGUAUUUACAGUUGAUAUUUCUAAACACUGACUUGUCUAGAUUAAUACAUUUUUUCUCUGUCCAGACUCUCAACUGUACGAUAUAUUAUUUUUCUUCAUUCUUCUUUCAUCAUUAAAAAUCAUCGAGAUACAGUAUUGAAAAUUACAAACAAUCUUUAAGAAGAUUGCCAAAAAUUACAAUUCUAACAAGGAAGGUCGUGUCAACUUUGUCAUAUUUUCCGCACAUCUAGAAAUUCUAAGUAAACAAACAGUAUGAAUCAUGAAUUAUAAUAAUUAUAAGUUUUUCAUAUUCAUGACAAAGCCAUUAAUGGAUUCUAAGACGAUCGAUGAUACUCAAUCAUAAUAUAUAAACUGAUCAUUCAAUAGUAUCAUGAGAAGAUGCAUGUUUUAAAAUCUAAAGCAACAAUUAAUCAUUGAAAUACGUUACGCGUGUUCUCGGAUAAAUUCACGAAUUUCGUACGAUACCAAUUUAUAAAUGUUAUGCACGUACAAGUAAUCUGUCAUUGUGGUAGUUGAUGCAUUCGAAAGUACAAUUUUUUUAUGAUAAAAAAAAAAAGAAAUCACAUUAAUGUAAACUUGUAAAUACUUCAUGUUACAAUAAUAAGACGCCCUUGUGUCGUGUCAAAAUCGCGUGGAUCUUCGAUCUGCACGAAAUGAACAAAGAGAAUCCGAUUUGAA